AUGCCGCCCUCGAACAAGCAAACUCUCGGCGUCUCAGUCUACAUGGCAAUCUUCGUUUUGGGGCGCCUCUUCUCCCUCCUGUACUCGCUCGACGCAAUCCGCGCCCGCAACGUCAUCCAACUCGUUCUCCACAUCUGCUUCCAGCUCUGCAUGUUCGUUUACGCCGUCACCGAAAUCCCGCAGACCCGCUCCGCCUUACGGAACCUCGACGACGCGCGCGCCUGUGUCCCGCGGGGCGGCACGUACGACUGUCUCGGUAAAGGCUCGCUGUAUUUCAUCCUCCUGAACAUCCUCGUGUGGCCGAUCGUCAUCACUGCCAUCGCGACGGCGGGGUAUGUCUUCCUCGCACGCAGGCUGUACGUCCAGUUCGGGUGGGAGGAGUUCCGGAUCCUCAACGCCAGCAUCGGGCUGAAGCGUGCGUGUCGUGCGUCACGGCUGACAACAGGCAUGUAUCGGACGUACGCGUGCAUGGUGUCACUCCUCAAGCUGCUCGCGUUCUUCGCGAGCGCCUUCUGCAUGGCGUACAUCGUUCUCAUCACCGCGCUGUGGCGCGACAAAACCGAGCUGAUCAUCACCGUCAUUGCCCUCCCGGUCUUCUAUCCUACAAUCGCCGUAACCGGCUGGGCGCUAAUCACCGAAGACGCGGCUCUCAUGCUCGUCUCCUUGUUCCUCCUCUUCGCCGGCGAAGCAUACUUUGUCUACAAACUCGCCAGCUUGUGGCUGCCCCGCACGGCCAAGCUGUACACGAGCACGCGCGCGACUCUCGCCGUGUUUUCGGCCUUUGCUAUUCUCGUUCUUCUCGCGGUGCUCGGGAACGGCGUGGCGUGCCUGCUCAACUUUGGCAAGGGUUUGCUGCCAGCGCACCAAGAGCGGCGGCAACGAGCGGCGGCGGUGUUCCAGCCCUCUGUGGCGCGAGAGAAGGGGCAGGAGCGCCAUGUCGAGGAGCGCCUGGUUAUCGAGUAG